CCGGUCCCACGCCCGUACCACACCCCCUCUCCUCCAGCCCUUCCUGCCCGGCUUGGCCACACUGCCCCCCGCUCCCGCUCCUCGGCCCGGCUCCUGCAUCCCUUCCCUCGCCCUCCCCGCCCUUCUGCGUGGCUCCCCUCGCAUUAUGUCCAUCUUUUUGUCUUCCUGUUUUUUUAGAUCCCACCAAAGCUCGGUCUGCCCUCCCCACGCUGCUGGACAGCCCGGCUGGUCGGUGAGCAUCUGCUACCCCUCAUUCCUGAACAUGUCCCGGAAGGAUCCCUGCCAGAAACAAGCCUGUGAAAUACAGAAAUGCUUGCAAGCGAACAACUACAUGGAGUCCAAGUGUGAAGCUGUGCUUCAGGAGAUGCGGAAAUGCUGCGCCCGGUACACCAAGGGCAGAUCCAUCUGUUGUUCAGGGUUUGAGAGAGAAGAAAGGGAGAGAGAAAAGGUUAAGUUGGCUUCAGAAGGAAUUUCCCCACCACCUCAGUAACACAAUGCAGCUCCAGCAGGUGCUGGAGCAUGGACUCACUUGAAGAGCUCGUGUGUGUUUUUUCAAGCCUUCUUUAGACUUUCAGAAAAGCCAGAUUGCUCCUAGAACACACCGUUUGGCACACCAAAAAGUAAAACACAGUACCAACAGAUGGCCUGGUUAACAAACUUUAUUUUCUGUAUGAACACAUUAUCUAUGUUGCCUCUGCAUCACACCUGUGAAAUGUCAACUUGAUGUUUUUAGGAUGCUUACCUUACUCUAAUCCAUCUUUGCUCUAAAAAUGGAGAAUUGGAACCAAGUUAUGCUGGCUUCUGGAGCGAGAGGUACAGGAAAUGAGCUCAGAAGAGUGAGUUUAAACAUGAAACAAACCCAUCUUGACAUAACAAAGGUAUUGCUGCCACCAUGCAGUAGUUCCAACCAACACUUGCCUGUCCAGUGGUUCAAGCUCAAGAAUGGGAAUCAGGUCUGAUGAUUGUUCCUAAGUCUUGCAUAGAUCAUGAGUGACUACAAGUCACUUUGCCUAAGUGCCUCCGUUUUCCACUGGACAGAGCUGUUUAUUUUAUAUUUGAAUUGCCUACACGCUGCUAUUUGCAUGAUAAAGAUGUUACAGGAACAUUAUUUCAGGGAUUGCUACAGGGAUAGGAUAUUUUUUUAAAAAAGCAAUAUUCAUUUGAAAGAUCUGACUGUUGAUACAAAAUUUAUAAAUUUAUGUCUAAUUGAACACCUUUAAGCAAUAUGCUUUGAAUCCAAGUCUAGUUAAAGCUGCUGAUACCCAAAGGCCUGUCACAGAGCCCUGGGCUAGAUCCAAGAACUGACUUAGGUGCUGCUUACUGAACAAGCAGUUGUAGGCAGUUAUUUUCCACACAGCAUUCCAGACUCACUCCCAAGCCGGCUGUGUCUGGACCCCAGGAGAGAUGCCUUUCCAGAAGCUCUCGGCCAUGCAGCAGAAUUUCCUGUGACCUGUAGGAAGAGCUCAUAGACAGGUUCCUGCACCACCCUUCAGAGCUGCCUGUCUUGCUGUCCCCUGUAGCAGGAGUCCAGGCACCCAAAUAUCAGGCUCCCAACCCACUAGCCCUAACUCUGUCAUUAGAUCUAGCCGUAAAGGACUUUCGUGCUGUGAGCAAGUACAACUUACUUAUGAAAUAGAGCUUCUAUAAACAGACCACUGAGGUCUAGGCACAAUAGUUGUGUGUAUUGAAGCCUAGAAGAGCAAACCAUCUGUAUUCACUGCUCUGAAAUAACAUGGUACAAAAUAAACAACUGGAACAAA